AUGGCAGGGCUGCUUUGCAGGCCCCAGUUGCUGUGGCUGCCUCAGCAGCUUAUCCCCAAGUCAAGCGAGGACAUUACUGACAGUUUCCAUGCCCUGGGUGAUUUGCGGGAGACAAGAGCCACCUCCACUUCCAAGCUGCACAUGCACCUGGCCAGGGAUGCCCAGAAGCAGAGGACCUGGAGGGAGCUGCCCCAGCCAGAGAGCAGAUCAGUGAUGCUCACCAUUGCAGUGGGAAGAACGGCUGCUGUUUCCCUCCUGCCUUCUAAACCUCAAGCAAAAUGUCUCUCGUAA